GCAACCGCUACUAGUUCUCUGUCUUUCAUGGUUGCCACCCAGAUCUACCACUACUAGCGCCUGAGAGGAACAUACUGGAACCGACGAAGCGCUUAGCACGAACCGCGAACAGCAACGCUGAUAAACGACCUCGAUCGACUGAUCUUGUCGACUGCUUUUUUUUUUCUUUCCCUCCAUACGCACGACGCCGUCUGCAUAUAUAUCCCUCUUCAACCCCAUCUUGCACUGGGUAUCUGUCCAAGUCGUAUGCGGCCGUACGUUUGGCGUCUACCACUGUUCCGCAGCGUCCUAGGCCGGACUUUGGGAUCCGAAUCUGCUGUGGUCAUGCCUGAUUCUCUCGUUAAGCGUCGACUCGCCUUUUCGGCUAGGCGUGCGUUUCCUUCACGUUCCCGGCUGCAUUGGAGUAGUAGCUGUACGCUGUGGCGAAGCGCACGGAUCAGUAACGAUGCCAGCGGAAGAAAGGUCGGCGCUUUCCGCGUGUUUGUUUUCCUAAACGCCAUUCUGUGCGCGUUGGUCAUCGGACAUGGAUAUCGCGAGCGAUUCCGGGAUAUCUUGCGUUCAAAGAUAGAAGAAGAAUCUCCUUAUCGGAAAACUGAAGACGGGAAGGACAGUCUUGAAUUCGUCAAGAACUGUUGGACUGCCGUGGCUCUCAAAAUGUAUGAUACCAACUACUUCCAUCGCGUCGACUUGGAUGAUUACACCCCGACGGUUAACUACUUUUGCGGUCUUUACCUCGCGGGAAUGGUUGAAUUUCCGGUGGAGACAUUCUUCUGGUGGAAUGCUCGGCACUGGGCGUAUCAUCGUUCUGUGCACAAAUAUCGGAAGGAUUUGCUCUUGUGUCUUCCGAAGUGUGAAAUGAGGGAUAUGCUUCAUGCGAGAAUGAGGGCUGCGUGUAAGAGGUUGCAUGCGCUGCUGACCGAUAGUCGCGUCCAGGGUGCGUUGUCGGAGAUGCAUUGGAUGGUACAUCGGGAGCGACGACGUGAAGGCAAGGCUGCGACGGCGGAAAGCAAGUUACGUGUUUCGGAGCUCGGAGAGCGCUGCGUUGAUACGUUGACUGGAAUUAUUGAAAGUGGCGAGGCGAUGGUAGAUUAUACACUCAUAGAUGGAUGGCACUACAUAUAG